GGGCUUGCACGCUGCAAGACGGUACCCAGGUACGUUCCCGGUACGUGACUGGCGCCGUGUGGCCGGGAUCUGUCAUUUCCAGUCUUGGUUUGCAACUUUUUUGUUCCUACUAUUUCUUACGCCUCACCGGAGCUUUUUCUUCCUCUUCCUUUCCCCCUUCCUGUCCUCAGUCAUCUCAACUUCCAGUAUUCCCUAUACACCUUUGUGGUUUUAACGCUUCCUCAUAAACCAAUCAGUCAAAAUGGGCUUCGCUCCUGGUGAUUCCAAGAAGGGUGCCAACCUCUUCAAGACCCGUUGCGCUCAGUGCCACACCCUUGAGGCUGGCGGCGGCAACAAGAUCGGCCCCGCUCUCCACGGCCUCUUCGGCCGCAAGACCGGCUCCGUCGACGGCUACGCCUACACCGAUGCCAACAAGCAGAAGGGCAUCACCUGGGACGAGAACACUCUCUUCGAGUACCUCGAGAACCCCAAGAAGUACAUCCCCGGUACCAAGAUGGCCUUCGGUGGUCUCAAGAAGGACAAGGACAGGAACGACAUCAUCACCUUCAUGAAGGAGGCUACUGCUUAAAUGCAAUCUGUUUGAUGAUGGGCGUUGUUAUUGAGGAGUUAUGGGAUUGUAUUAAUAAAAAGGGAGAAUUUUUGCAUUAGACGGGCUUGGCACAUCCCUCUUCGUUGUUGUACCAUAGACUAGACGACUUGUGCUCGGCGAUCCUUGGUUGUUUCUUUUCGACGACCAUGAUAUCCUCAUCCUCCUCUGUAUGAAGUUACGAAGAAAUACCCCAUUCCCCCUUAUUACCCUUCUUCCCUGAGCGCGUUUCUGGUGGUGAUGUGGUUUGUGCCUGAUAACUAGUCACUCGAAAUUGAGGACGAAGGUGAUCACUGGCCGGCUGUUGGGGCCUUGGAGGAUACGGCAGGGGUCUUUCAGAUUUGAUGGCAAUGGUAUGAGCAAUGGGGAGUUGGGUUGUCGUGUCUGACUGUAUUUAAAAGACUAUAUAGCAUCUCCGCUCACGCGAUAACGUACAUAUACCAAAAA